UUUCUGGCGAACACUUAGAAGCCGCUACGGGGUGAAACAGACCAGGAUCUGGCAGUGCCGAGAGGAAGACGGCCCUUUAACUGAACAGAGCAGUGCCCGAGUGAGGAGGGGGGAGAGGGGGCAGUGUUGUGGGGGCGCUGCAACAGGUAAGCAUGACGUCACCCGCCGCCCUGCUGCUGUGGUCCCUCCCCCGCCCGCCGCUGCCUCCUCUUCCCCGCCCGCCGCCGCUCCAGCUGCCGCCGCUGCCUGGCUGCCGGUGCCUGCCCCUUCCCCGCCGCCCGGGCUGAGCCGCACUCCAUGUAACACCAUGACAGGCAUCGCCGCCGCCUCCUUCUUCUCCAACACCUGCAGGUUCGGGGGCUGCGGACUCCACUUCUCCACCCUGGCCGAGCUCAUCGAGCACAUCGAGGACAACCACAUCGAUACUGAUCCUCGAGUUUUAGAAAAACAGGAGUUGCAGCAGCCAACAUAUAUCGCCCUUAGUUACAUUAACAGGUUCAUGACCGAUGCUGCACGCCGGGAGCAGGAAUCCCUCAAGAAGAAGAUUCAGCCCAAGCUGGCUCUGACUCUCUCCAGUGGCGUGUCCCGUGGAAGCGUGUCCACUCCCCCCCGGCACAGCAGCGGCAGCCUGACCCCUCCCGUCACGCCCCCCAUCACCCCCUCCUCCUCCUUCCGCAGCAGUACCCCCACAGGCAGUGAAUACGACGAAGAGGAGGUAGACUAUGAAGAAUCGGACAGUGACGAGUCCUGGACCACAGAAAGUGCAAUUAGUUCGGAGUCCAUCCUGAGCUCCAUGUGUAUGAAUGGAGGAGAUGAAAAGCCUUUUGCCUGCCCUGUCCCUGGAUGUAAAAAGAGAUACAAGAAUGUGAAUGGCAUCAAGUACCAUGCCAAGAAUGGUCACAGAACACAGAUCCGUGUCCGCAAGCCGUUCAAGUGCCGCUGUGGAAAGAGCUACAAGGCUGCUCAGGGUCUGCGGCACCACACCAUCAACUUCCACCCGCCGGUGUCUGCCGAGAUCAUCAGGAAGAUGCAGCAGUGAAGAUGCUGGUCCCAGCUGUGCCAAGAACCUUCACCAGCAGUUGCUGAUGUUCCUUUUAUUUGUUUUAGAUCAGCCACCUUUUUGGACAGGAAAUUGUUUUCAGCCCUUUAAAAGUACACUAAAGUUUUAUUGCAUGCUUUGAUAUUUUUUCUUCUGUAUUUUGGAAUGAUAUAUCUUUGUAGAGUUCGUUUUUGUACAUUUGCACAUUCAGCUAUCAUACCUAUUUUUCAUUACUUUUGACACACGGUGCUAAAUAUUAAAAGAAGAAAGAGUGACAAAUUGUCUGGGACAGUUUUGACAACAGCUUGUUGGGAGUAACCGGGUGUACAUGUCAUGCACAGUCAGAAAGGCAGAGCAAAGGAGAGCUGGUGGAGGGAGUGAAGGGGCUUCUGUGUAGUUUAGGAGAAACAAAGGAUGUUUGAUCUUGUGUGAACAAACAUCCUUAGAACUGACACUCAUUCCAACAAAGUGCAUUGAGUGCCGAGAUGAACAAUGCAGUUUUAGUUAAAAAAAAAUGGAAAAAAAAUAUUGAAUGUUUGUAAUAUAACAUGGCUUAUUACCUGGUAUAUUAUAUAUAUACUUCUAUAACCUGACAAAGUUAGAUUUAUCCAAAUCCAAGUUUUAUUUUAUACCGUAUUCAUGUGUAAAAUUCCUCUAUAUGUUUCAAAGAUUUUUCAAACAAGGCUGUUUGAAUCUCUUUCAUUAUCAUGGCCCCUGAAAAGCUGUAGUAAUUUCUGUAUACGCCACAACCAGAUCUCAAGUCAGGAUCAGCUGGGUUUCGAGAGCCACAUUACUGCCCAAGGAACCACACAGUAUUUAGCAUUACCUGUAUCCACCAAAAUGGCUCAUAGAACUGACAUUCUUCCUCUUGUGUCACAAAUUCCAAUGCCGUCUUACAGGAAACGCACCAUCUUCAUCAGGAAAGGUGAAGUUUUUUUAAGCACUUUGUAGUUAAAUCAAUUGCCAAUAGCGUUUCAAUGUUUUAUGUUGCCAAAACAUGUAACUGCUGGACAAGCCUGUACCUGUGGUUGCAAAGCUAAAAAUUAAAACAAAAAAGGAGGCAGUAUUUUUUGUCAGGGGAAUUCGUUUUUCCACCAAGCCUCCUGUGUUUUUUUUGUAGUUUAUAUGCACACAAUUGUAAUGGUCUUCUAAUGGCCUUGUAUUCUAGUUCACAGCAUUCCAGUCUUAUUGGUCUGUGGAGAUUUACAGUGAAACUGUACUGGAGAGUAUAGUUUGAGCCUUAUCAUUCAUUACUGUUACAGUGUUGUGUAGUGCAAGGAGUCAUUUCAGGUCAUACCGCUGACCCCUGUCUGCUCCAUCCCUGCAGAAUACCUGCAGCACAAAGGCAUCGUGUUUUACAGUAAUUCUGAGAUCUUCACAGGACAUACAGAAAGUAUUAAGAUUUCUUCUUCGUUUGCACAGACUCCACAGGUAUUGAUAAUUCACUGCAGGACAGCCAUUUCAGAAACCAGUCCACUACAGUAAUUGUAAGGGGGUGGGGGGGUGGGGUUAGAGAUUGUGGCAAUGUGGACACGUGGCAGCCGGUUAAGAUGUAAAGAAACAUUGUACUUCCUGUGAAUUUGGCUUUAUUUGGUCAUUUCCAUCCCAUUGCAGAGUUUGGCCCAAGCUCAAAAAGGAAAGUAACACAUACAGUCCCGUCUCUGGGUUAUAUAAGAGAAUGAAAACAGAGUGCUGGGCGGGUUUGCUAAACAGUCAUAAAAAUGUCACCACUGCAUGUAAAUGAAUAUUGUAAUGGAAUUACAGUUUAUAUUUAGUUUAACAUUGUGACAGUAUUAUAAAACAGGUAAGGAGGGGACUAUUUUGAUAUACUGUGUAUAGUGAAUGUAUUGUACUGUGUCUGUGUAAGUGCUUUAAAUUAUAUUUUCGUAUGUUUUGUGGAGAACAAAUGUUCCUUUGUGUAUGAAGGCAACAGAGGUUAUGUUUUGGAACCGAAGGUGAUUUACUAAGUCAAACUUUCUUUAAAAAGCUGCUUUAUAAAUGUAAAUCUGAUUACAUUUAAGAAUUAAAAAAAAAACCUCUAACAGAA